GAAAGUAAAACACCGAUGGAGUCAUCAACUGAUCGUUCAACUCAAGCAAAAGCUUUCGACGAGACGAAAACUGGCGUGAAAGGGCUAGUGGAUUCGGGUAUCACAAAGAUCCCAUCGAUGUUCCAUGCAUCUCCGGUUACUCUAGCAAGCAUGCAAGCACCACCACCUCCUCAUCAUAAGCAGCUCACGAUCCCCACCAUUGAUCUGAAAGGAGUAAGCGUUGACAUGACCAAACGUCGAAACGUGGUGGAGAAGAUGGGAGAAGCAGCUGAGAAAUGGGGUUUCUUCCAAGUGGUUAAUCAUGGUAUCCCCGAGGACGUGUUGGAGAGGAUGAUCGAAGGGACUCGUGGGUUUCAUGAGCAAGACCCUGAAGCUAAGAAAAAGUUCUACACUCGUGAUUACGCUAGAAAGUUUCAUUACACGAGUAAUUUUGAUGUCCUCACUUCUCCCGGGGGCUGGAGAGACUCAUUGGCUUGUUACACUGCACCAGAUCCUCCUAGUUUGGAUGAACUACCCCCCAUUUUCGGGGAGAUUAUGAUGGAGUAUUCAAAGAAAAUGAUGAAUUUAGGUGAAUUGCUCUUUGAGCUUCUAUCAGAGGCAUUAGGGUUAAGUCCUAAUCACCUCAAGGACAUGGACUGCACCAAAUUUCAAGUGAUGUUUGGCCAAUAUUACCCACCUUGUCCUGAGCCUAACCUUACUUUAGGCAUAUACAAGCACACUGACUUUUCGUUUAUCACCAUUCUUCUUCAAGACAAGAUUGGAGGGCUUCAAGUUCUCCAUGACCAAUACUGGAUUGAUGUUCCUCAUGUUCCCGGAGCUCUUGUCAUUAACAUUGGAGAUCUUCUUCAGCUUAUGACCAAUGACAAGUUCAUUAGUGUGGAGCAUAGGGUGAUUGCAAAUAGAUCAAUAAAACCGCGGAUUUCGGUAAUUUGUUUCUUUAGUACUUUCAUGAAGGAGAAUCCUCAAGUGUAUGGACCUAUCAAAGAGCUUCUAUCAGAACAAAACCCUGCCAAGUAUAGAGACAUAACCCUCACCGAGUUCUCAAACAUGUUCAGAUCAUCAGUAGUGAUCGAUACUCCUCCAUUACCCCAUUUCAAGAUGUGAGACAAUUGGCCUUUUUACUACAAAUUUGCCUUUAUACUACAAAUAUAUGCCAAUUGGGUAAUUUAUCAAACUCUUUGUUGUCUUCCUCUUAAACUAUCUCUUAUGAAACCACUUAAUCUUCCUUUCUCGUAAGGUGA